AUGGAUUUAUUGUCUGCAUAUGAUUCUUCGGAUGAAGAAACAAACGAUGGUAAUAAAACAACCAGCGCAACAACAACUACUACCACAACCACAACCACAACUACACCCACAACUACAGCUACAACAUCAUCACUACCAUCAGAAAAUAAAAAUAUAACAUCAACUUCAACAAUAUUAUCAACAUUUACACCAAAUUUAACGCCCAAUGUUCAAUCUAUUAGAGUAUAUCAAAAUAAAAUCUCACCACACGAACAGGUUUUAAACUAUAACGCCACUUUUGAUGCAAUGGAUGGUGAAACAGAGGGUCCAAAGAAACCAUUUUCGUCAAUUGAGGCCAAUAUAGAUAAAUUAAAAAAGAAUCAUACAAAUGGUUAUGUUGAGGAUGUAAAUGUAAAUGAUUAUUUAUUUAAUCAAGAACUUUAUAAAAUUAAACAUGCAAAAGAAGUCGAAGGAAUUAACACUGAUGCACUUGAAGAGCUUCAAAGAUACAUGGAUAAUUAUUAUCCAAAAGGAAAAGAAAAAAGAAAAAGAAAUAAUCCAUGUGAUGUAAAUAAUUAUGAAGGACCAUGGGCUGCCAAAGAUACAGAAAUCGAAUUAAAAUCACAAAGAGAAAAUGAAAUGUUAUCGAUUGAGGUUGAUUUAACUGAAAAGCAAAGACAGUUUAUGGAUGCACGUGUAAAAAAAAUAAAAGGAAAAGUAGAUGAAGAGAUUCAAUCAACACCAGCAGUUACAUCAAUAUGGCAUUGUGACGAGAGUGAAAAAAGGGAUUAUAUGGGAAGAUCAUGGUUGGUACCACGUUCAGAUCUUCAGCUUCAGAUUACAAAAUCAUUUAUUCCAAAGAAAUUAAUACAGACAUGGACAGGUCAUACCAAAGGGGUUUCAGCAAUUCGUUUUUCACCCAAUUAUGGACAUCUUUUAUUAUCCUCCAGUAUGGAUCACACAGUCAAAAUAUGGAAUGUUUAUGGUGAGCGUCGUUGUUUACAAACUUAUAUGGGCCACAGUGCUGCUGUUAGAGAUAUCUGCUUUUCAAAUGAUAGCCGUAGAUUCUUGAGUUGUGGCUAUGACCGUCAAACUCGUUUGUGGGAUACCGAAACUGGUCAAAUCAUUAGUACAUUUAGCAAUGGAAAAAUCCCAUAUUGCAUUAAAUUCAACCCAGAUGAAGAUAAACAAAAUGAAUUCUUAUGCGGUGGUUCAGAUAAAAAGAUUCUUCAAUGGGAUAUUAAAUCGAAUCAAAUCGUUCAGGAAUACGACCAACAUUUGGGUGCCAUCAAUACAAUCACCUUCAUUGAUCGUAACAGUAGAUUCGUAACCUCUAGUGAUGAUAAAUCAUUACGUAUUUGGGAUUAUGGUAUUCCGGUAGUAAUUAAAUACAUUAGUGACCCAACCAUGCACAGCAUGCCAGCAGUUGCGCUACAUCCAAAAGGUAAAUGGUUUGCUGUUCAAUCACUUGAUAAUCAAAUUUUGGUAUAUGGUGCCCGUGAUAAGUUCCGUAUGAAUAAAAAGAAACGUUUCUUGGGCCAUAAUGUUUCUGGAUAUGCAUGUGAAUUAGGUUUCUCACCCGAUGGAAAAUACAUUUACUCUGGAGAUGCCACUGGUAAAGCUUUCUUCUGGGAUUGGAAAACUUCAAAAAUUGUAAAGACUUUUAAUGCUCAUGAUGGUGUUUGUAUAGGUAUAGAAUGGGCUCCAUUAGAAACCUCGACUGUUAUUACUGCAGGUUGGGACGGUAAAAUUAAAAUAUGGGAUUAA